GCUGUCAAUGUACUCGGUUUUUAUGAACGUUCGUAAUGUGAAGGAAAAGACAUACAUUUAUAUGUCAAAUACGCGAUUUAGUUUUACCUAUCCCAAGUCACUAUUAAAACAAAUUUGUACGAACGUGUAAAAUGGAUUUUUUAUUUUUGAGCACACAGUUAUAUGCUCGAAAUACACUUCCAUUAGUUUUAUGAAUAUAAUAUCGUAUCUGUAGGUUAUAAAUACCGAAAAUUUAUCUAUUUGUCGUUCGAUCAAAUAUUUAUUCCCAUUAUGUUAUCUCGAAAAAAUAAGGAUUUAAGAACAAUUAAAGAGGGAGUUGUUGGUAAAUAUGUUAAAAAAGAAACUCCGCCUGAAAUGCCAAUUAUUAAUGUAUGGACAACAGAACCAAAUAGAAGGACGAGGAAUCGCAAUAAUCAUCCAACUAUCCCUACAUCCAUGUCUAUCCCACAACAACCCAGCAUGGUACAAAAAUUUGGAAAUACUAAGACAACAAUGAGUGCAGUAGGUUUAGGAAGUCACGAAGGAAAGUAUACUCCCAAUAGUUCUGUCCCAGAUUUAGCUCAAAGAUUUGCCAGUCUUUCUGUCAAUACUAGUACAAGGGAUGGGAUGUCAUCUCGUACUGCAACUCCAAUGUAUCAUUCUGGACUCUCACCUGCCAUAUCUCAUACUUAUGUUAAUCAGUAUGCUGGAUCUGAAUAUCAUUUAGAUCGGGUUCAAACACCACAGAUGCCUUAUAAGCCAUUUGACAUUGAUUCAGGUUAUGACGACUAUAAUCAUUCUGCAUAUCGUCACAAUACAGGAUAUAGUCGUUGCCAUUCAGAAAGAUCAAGUUCUAGGAAUGAACAGCAAGAAGAACUUCCUUUACCUCCUGGAUGGUCUGUGGAUUUCACUCUCAGAGGUCGAAAGUACUAUAUAGAUCAUAACACAAAAACCACUCAUUGGUCUCAUCCUCUUGAAAAAGAAGGCUUACCUACAGGGUGGGAAAGAAUUGAAUCGCCUGAAUAUGGUGUUUAUUACGUUAACCAUAUUACACGGCAAGCACAAUACGAACAUCCAUGUUAUCCUCAUGAGAUACAAGCAGUGCGUGUUGUAUCACCUCCACGCCACACACAUUUUCACUCUCACAGUGUUUUAGUUCCAGCUAACCCUUACCUUAAUGAAGAAAUACCUCAUUGGUUAUACGUAUACAGUAGGGCAUCGGUAGCAUUAGAUCGUAAAUUGCGAUGGGAACUUUUUCGUUUACCGGAACUUGAUUGCUUUAAUGCUAUGCUUACUAGAUUAUAUAAACAAGAAUUAGAAGAGGUAGUCAUGCGUUACGAAGAAUACAGAUCAGCUUUGCUAUGUGAGAUGGAACAAAGAUUAAAAGAAUUAAAUCCAGAAACUUCUGGAGCAGUUGCCUUGCGACAAUCUCUUCCUUAAUUAAAAGUAUUUGUAUAUUAUCAAUGAUUUUCUGUAAUAUGAAUGAAAGGAAUUGAAUAUAUGUAACGUGAAUAAACUGCGCUUAUGAAUAUAUUUGUUAAUAAAUUGAAUUUAG